AUGGCGCUCCACGACCAGCCCUUGGAUAUUGGCGACGUGUAUAACAGCCGAGCAGAAAGCUACGACAACUCCUGGCAUCCUCGCUUCGCGCGCCAUAUGGUCGAAAUAGCAAAAUUGAAGCCAGGCGAGGACGUUCUAGACCUUGCUUGCGGCACUGGACUUGCUACGCUCUGCGCCAGUACUGCAGUGCAGGAACAUGGCUCGGUUGUAGGCGUUGAUAUUAGCGGCGGCAUGCUUGCACAGGCGAAGCAUAAGCUGCAAAGUCAUGAUCUCAACAACGUCGAACUUCAUCAGCAUUCCAUUACGGACCUUGAUCGGCUCCUCGCUCUAAAUGGCAAGAAAUUCGACGCCAUCCUAUGCUGCUCAGCGUUGGUACUGCUGCGGGAUCCUGGCGCGGCAGUGAAGCAGUGGGCCACAUAUCUGAAGCCUGGAGGGCGCAUUGUUGUCGAUGUCAUUCAUCCGAGGGAUCAACUCCCCGGCAUCACUUUUGAAAAGGUUGGCAAGAGAUGCAACUUACCUGUACCAUUCUAUCGCCUAAAUUUUGGUGCUGGGUCUGGAGAUCUGAGGCAGAUGUGCGAGGACGCAGGCCUCUCUCGAAUUUCGAUAUUGAGCGUAUCUCAGAUCGAUAGGCCGGAGCUCGUUGAUCUGAACGACUUUUUAACCGACCUCGAUGCACCACGUCCCUCGACUCGACAUCUUGGUCGUUCACAGAUUAGAGAGGAAGCGAAGAUGCUCUUCAAGGACGAAUGGGCCAAACUUGCAGAUGAGCAGGGCAAGAUUAAGCAGGUCGACUGCGUAUUCGUGGCCGUUGCCUACCGAUCCUGA